AUGUUGAGUGAAUUAUUAGCCAAUGUAGUAAUCAAAGUGAUUAACUCGUUAAUAACGGUCUACACGUACACAACACUACCGAUAUAUUACUACAAACAAAAACCAUGGCUCACAUUAAGCAGGUCUCGGGCCGAACGGGCCGUACGGGAAGAUCCGUUAGAUCCGGGCAGCGCUUGGCGUCGAGUGACGCCCGACCCGAAAGUGGAUGCCUUCGAAGUGGACUCCGUUGACGCCCUGUUGGAAGUGGCGGCCAAGAGUCGGGGCAAAAACUAUACGAUCGCUGGCGUGAAGGUCGAGGACGGCGGCCGCUAUUUCUACGAUUGGUUUACGUACGGCGAUGUCAUCCGACGGUCGGAUAAUAUCGCCCGCGGACUCAAACUCUUGGGUAUCGGCGCCGGCGAUAAAGUGCUCAUAUUUGCCGAAACCAGACUCGAGUGGCUGUUGUGUGCGUUCGCACUCUUCCGGUUGGGCGCUGUUGUGACCACACUUUUCGCACAGUUAGGUCUCGAGGGUAUUGUUCACGGAAUUCAUCAGACUCAAGUGAAAUACGCGAUCACAACAAAGCAACAGCUUUUAAAACUGCGAGAAGUGUUGUCUCAGACGCCAAGCAUUCAGAAGAUCAUAGAUAUGGACGGAUCGACGAUCGGUGACCACAACUCGGUUGAGGUCUUAUCGCUAAAACACGUGGAAAUGAGUGGCAAAAAGUCGGACAUUAAACUAUCGGAGACCACACUCAACAAGAAAGACGAUUUGGCGCUCAUUAUGUAUACAUCGGGAACUACUGGCGCUCCCAAAGGUGCGAUGGUAACCCACGGCCAGAUCAUAGCUCAGUGUAAGUCACUGUUGUGUAUAAUUAAGGACGAGUUGCCGAUUAUUAAACGCCACUGUUAUGUAUCAUACCUGCCGUUGGGACACAUGUUUGAGUUUUGCGCCGAAAUAUUCUUCGUGGGCGUCGGCUGUCGUCUCGGAUACGCCUCGCCGUUGAAACUGUUUGAGGGCGCGGCCGGACUCGCGCCCGGAGAGACCCCCGAUUUGGUGGCCCUCAAGCCGACCAUCUUUCUGGCCGUUCCCCUCGUGUUGGACCGAAUCAGACGCGGAAUCACCGAACAGUUGGAGGGAAAACCGUUGGCGAAGGCGUUGUUCGCCUCAAUGAUCGACUAUAAGGACCACUGGAGGGCCAAAGGCUACGCCACUCCCAUCACUAAUUACUUUCUGUGUCGUAAGGCUCGCCAGAAGUUGGGCUCAAAUCUCACUUUUAUGCUCGUCGGAGGGGCGCCGGUGUCUUACGAGACGGAGCGACUAAUUUCGCUCAUAUUUGACGUGUGGCUAAUGCAGGGCUACGGCGGGACUGAAGUGUGCGGCGCUUCCCAUUGCCGGGGCAUCAAAGACCUAACCUUUGGCCACACGGGUCCGCCCGCCUCUGGCUUUAAGGUGCGAGUCGUUGAUUGGCUCGACGGCGGGUAUUCAGUGCGCGACAAACCCAACCCCAGGGGAGAGAUCGUCACUAAUGGAGACUCAGUUGUGUCCGGAUAUUAUCUAAUGGACGCCGAGACUAGCGAUGCCUUUCGCUACGAAAACGGAGAGAAAUGGUAUUACACGGGAGAUAUCGGAGAGAUCGACCGAAACGGAUGUUUCAAAAUCAUAGACCGGAGGAAGGAUUUGCUGAAACUGCAAAACGGAGAGUACUAUUCGUUAGGCAAAGUGGAGGCGGCCGUCAAGAGCUGUCCAUUCAUUGAAAACAUCUGCGUCUACGGCAUCUCAACCCACGACUAUCUCAUAGCACUGGUCAUCCCGGGUGUGACGGCUGUCCAAACAUUGGCUAAGAAGUCAUCUCUCGAUGCCUUCAGUUUCGAUCAGUUGUGCGCAAACCUAACCAUAGAGUCGGCCGUUUUGGAGGCCAUCCGCGCGUACGGACUGAAGAACGGACUCAACAAACGCGAACUGCCGGCCAAAGUGGCCCUCUUUGCCGACGAGUGGACCCCCGAUAACGGUCUCCUCACCGCCGCUCUUAAGCUCAAGAGAUCCGCUAUUAUUGCCAAAUAUAAGACACGAGUCGAUCACAUCUUUCAAUCAUUCAAGUCAUUCAACUCAUCACUUGUGCGGACACAUCAAUUGCAAAAGAUGAAUGAAAAUGUGGCCAACGGUGGAGCGAUCGGCGGCGAUGCGGAGGAGAAGUGGAGGGGCGGACACACGGACUACCGGAUGGGAGACAUCCGCGAGAAUGGCAUUCGUUGGCCGCGAAGAGCGUUGAGGGAUGUCUUCCCAGCGAUGGUCGCACUGCCGCACGUCUGCGAGCGCACAGUCGCCCAAAUGCGGGCCCACUAUAUCGCCCAAUGGGUAACUCAACGGAGUUCUCGACCAACACAAUGA